UUUCUUUUUUCCUUCACAAUAAUUCUCGCUUCCCUUCGUCUCAACAUUGUUUUGUACGUACCACCCUCUCUCUCUCUCUUUGUUUCCACCGAAAAAAGCUGAGAGCAACCCCCAAACUAGGGACAUGUUCAAAAGAGCUCUCCUUCUUCACAUACAGGAGAGAUUCGACGCCACAAAAAUUUGCAUACCACCCAAAAUUGUCAGAUAGGCCGGUGUGGAGGGUUUUCAAUAAAAACAUGUCUUGUUAGAGCGGGGAGCUUCAUCAAUUCAUAUUCAUCAUGGAAUUCUCCAAUUUUAUGGGUUGAUCAUUGUACGAAAUUCAGAAAAUCUUCCCAUCUUUCUGCUCCUCAGAGUUUGUACUCGGAUGAAAAGAUUUUCUGCAGUCAUCGGUACUUUCUAAAAUAAUUAUUUUCCCUUUUCGUUGAUAACAUCAUCGACGAAGCUUUGAGGUUCAUCUUAGGACGUAAACGAACGCUUUUUCCUGCGACCAUUGGUAAUUUAUUAGGGGUUUCUUGUUCCCAUUUCGUUUAUGGUUUUCUUAGGCUUUAGAGGAAGCUUAGGAGCCCAGAAUCCUGGCGACCAUUGGUAAUUUAUUGAAGAGUUUUUCUGGCCGUCAGAGGCACACUCAUGAAUUAGAAUCUUUCUGAUGCUCGGAAAUAUAUUUUUCUGAUCAGGUGUUGUUAUAUUAAUUAAGAACUCCAUAGCUAGGGAGCUCAUAAAUUUUCAUCAGAAGAGGGAAAUGAGUCAGGUUCGUUUGCCAGCGAGUCACGAUCCGGUCAAAACGCUAAAAUUUAUCUCUAUUCUCGAUAAACCGUGCGAGAUUUUCUCGAGAAUUUGCAUGAUCUCCUUUCUCGUCACCUCAAUCUCGCUCGUCCUCUACACGGCCUUCUCCCCCCUAACCCCCUCGCUUCGUUUCCCCGCGCCAAAACGUAGAGCACCAGAACCCGAAACCAAGCUCAAUCUCGAAUCCGGACCCACUAACAUCUCCCACAUCCUCUUCGGCAUUGGCGGAUCAGCCGAGACAUGGAAAGAUCGCUGCCACUACAACUCUCUCUGGUGGGACGCAAAUAAAACCCGAGGUUUCGUCUGGCUCGACGAAAUUCCCGGGGACAACUAUAACGACUCGGAUAUAUCGGUGAUACCGUAUCGGAUUUCGUCUCCGGGAUGGACUCAGUUCAGAUUCUCGAGCUCGAGAUCGGCGGUGAGGAUCGCGAGGAUUAUAAGCGAUAGCUUUAAAUUGAAUGUGCCCGACGUGAGGUGGUUCGUGAUGGGAGACGAUGAUACGGUGUAUUUCACAGAGAACUUAGUUUCGGUGUUAGCGAAACAUGAUCACAAUGAGAUGUGGUACAUUGGAGGGAAUUCUGAAAGCGUGGAGCAAGAUGAGAUGCACUCGUAUGAUAUGGCUUUUGGCGGUGGAGGAUUCGCGAUAAGCUAUGCAUUGGCUGAGAAAUUGGUCAACAUAUUGGACGGUUGUCUUGAUCGGUACUUUUAUUUCUACGGCUCUGAUCAAAGGAUCUGGGCGUGUAUCAGUGAAAUCGGUGUGCCGCUUACAAGAGAACAAGGUUUCCACCAGUUUGAUAUUAAAGGGAAUGCAUAUGGUCUUCUGGCAGCACACCCAUUAGCUCCAUUAGUGUCCCUCCAUCACCUUGAUUAUGUGGAUUCACUGUUCCCAUACAAGACCCAAGCCGACUCCCUCUGGACUCUUGGUCUUGCAUACCGGCUAGACCCACCCCGAAUCCUUCAACAAAGCUUCUGCUAUGACUACAAGCGCAAAUGGUCAAUAUCAGUGGCAUGGGGCUACUCUGUUCAGCUCUACCCCUUCUUAUUGCCAGCCAAUAACCUGCAAACGCCAUUGCAGACAUUCAAAACAUGGAGGACUGAGAGUGAUGGACCAUUCACAUUCAAUACCCAACCCCUUAAGUCCAACCCAUGUGAGCAUCCUGUUCUUUUCAUGCUGAAUCAGGCCAAGAAAGUGGGCGAGACUGGGUCCCUCACUAGUUACGAGAGGCUUGAGCCCAGGCCAGAGAAGAUGUGUAACAGAACAGACUAUGAAGAAGCAAGAUCAUUGCAGAGAGUCAUUGUAUCAGCGCUGAAAUUAGACCCAGAAUACUGGACUAAGGAUCAGGCAAGGCGAAGACAGUGUUGUGAGCUUGGAGAAAGCCUGAGGGAGAGCACUAUGCAUAUUAGAAUUAGAAAAUGCAGGCCUUGGGAAACUAUUACUACUGAAAGGGUGGAAUGCUCAGCUGCAUAACUCUUGCCAGCCAACUCAAUCAUUUUGGAUGAGAAUUAUUUAAAUAUUGAGAUUUUUUUUAUUCAAGUGAUUCUUCUCCUCCACCGCUAACCGCCACUGCUAUCCAUCAUUAUUUUUCUCU